CGACAUUUGUAGACGCAGGUUCACCCAACGCAGCAGCAUGAUGGCCCAUCGUCGCAAACAUCCUGGAAAUCACCCACCUCCUCCUCCUCUGAUUCUUCGCAGUCGCAAGAAUAAGGGGGAUUGAGUUUCUUGGGGGUCAGGGUGUCAACGAGCAUGGAAACAUCCGCACAGAACCCAGUCCGACCACAUUUUGUGGAAUGUCCCGGUGUGCCCGUUCUGGAUCAAGGUACAAGUGAUCAGUUCUCGAUUCAAAUUAAAACUCCCCCUGUUUCCGAUGACGAGGAGGACUAUAAUAAGCGUAGCGACGUUGAUAGCGUCUGCGAUGACGUUAGUAGUGAAAAGACACAGGACGACAACGACGACAGCGACAUGAACGACGAUCUGUACCUAGGAGGAGUGAAUUACCAUUCGUUAUCAUGUUCGACCGCUAGCAAAGUCGUCAACGACGUACCAAACGGAGUCAGCAGUGAUGCUUCUCCGCAAAUAAUCAAGGAAGAUUUCGUGAACACGGAGAAAACGGUGUUGGUGCCGGUCAGAGAUCCAGAAACGAGAAAAAUUAAGAACAUGCUAGUGCCCGUCGAAGUAAUGGACGAGACGGGCUGCAACAUAAUCAAAACCGUCUUGAUACCUGUUCAAGACGAAGACGGUACGAUGUCCUACGAGGUGAAGAAGGUCACCGUGCCGCUCAAACCCGAAUCGUGGGUAACGCCGCAAAUGAAAACCGAACCAUUGACGGUCGGUACGCCUACUCGAGCGAUCGAGCAGAUGACGGGAGUUAAACAACCUAAAGAAAAGAAAGAAUCGGUGGUGGAGGCUCGAAAGGGGAGCGAUGAGAAACCAGAGGACAAGAACGUCACUCAGGAACCAGAGAUAGUUCUGGAGCCCGACUCACCCAAAGGGGAGAUGGACCUGAUGCUGGAGAAACUGCGAACCGUUUGUCCGUUCUGUCAGAAGAGCUUCAUAGACGAGAAGGAGAUGGACAGACACGUCUUCCGCAAUCACAAGAAACCGUACCGCUGCAAACAGUGUUACCUCGUCUAUUUUCGCAAAGAAUCGUUCGAAGAUCACAUGAAGACCCACUCCGUGGAUUACUUGGAGUGCCCUUUCUGUCGUAUGAGGUACAAGAGCAUGUCUGGACUGAGGAAUCAUCAGAUACGGGUGCACAGCACCAUCGAAGCGAAGUUCGUGUGCGACCACUGCGAUAAACGUUACAGAUUGAAGAGCGACCUGGCUGUGCACAUCGAUCGCGCCCAUAUGGACGUCACACACGUCUGUAGAUUCUGUGGUAAAGCUGUCAAGAACAUCGUGGACCACGAGAACCAGCAUCGAAAGGCUAACAAGAAGGUCGACUAUCAGUUCUGUUGCCACCUCUGCUCUAAGAAGUUCCAAGUGCGCAACAGCCUGGACAAUCAUCUGUUGAUGCACAAGACCGGCUUCAAGUGUAAACAUUGCAAGGAGGUCUUCGACCGUCCAACAGCUCUGAAGAAGCACAAGCAAUUGAUUCAUGGGCCGAGCCUGGUGUGCUCGAUUUGCGAUAAAAAGUUCAACAACAGAACCAGCUUGCACACCCACGUGGUGGUCACCCACGCUGGCAUCAGGCCCUUCAAGUGCGAUAUUUGCGGGGAUAAUUUUACUCAGAGGCACUGCCUCAAAAAGCAUCGAAGCACGCACCCGGGACCUCUGCCACCUUUGAGCGACAAGACCUCCAUUGCGGCCAUAGCGAAGAAAAUUUUGCAAAAAUCUUAGUGUUUAAAACUGUCGCAUACUCGCGUGAAAUGGUCGAUUGAUGUUUACCCUUAGCGGUCCUAGGAAUUCUAAGCAGUUUGGUAUUGUAUUAGGUCAUCCCAUAAGUUCGUGCUGUAGACUGUGUCAACAUUUAAUAAAAAAAGACUGUAGAAAUUUUAUAGUGACGAUAUAAUGACUAUGUCAUAAAGGUGGGAAGAUAUUUUAAAAAAUUCAUAUAUUAAUUUGAGUAGCAAAAGUCACAGCAUGACUUGGGGUUGUUUAUAAACUGCGAAUUUUUUAAAAUUUUGUACUCUCCCCUCCCAUCACACUCGUCAUGUGUAAUAAUAUACAUUUUUUUACAUUUUCAUCCAAUCUUUUGUUCAUUCUCAAAUUUUGUUUAAAAAACGAAACACAUAAAUUUUACAAUUUAAUGUAAAUAAAGUCACCUUACAAUCCUGUCAACAACGUAAUUUCUAUUUGUGAAAGUAAUCGAACAUGUAUAGUCUUUUAACAGAUUAAAAACAUGGACCGCUAAGGGUUGAAAAUAUUUCGCCUUUCACCGCAUUCAGCACCUGCGAAGAUCGUUGUUAUAGAUUGAAAUACGUUGCAAUGUUUGUAGACUGCGUCUUGAUAAAAGUGUACGUAUAUGAAAUAUUUAUCAGACUUAAAUACCGGAAGAAGUAUUUUACGAACGCUGACAUGCUUUCGAGGGCAUUUCGGAAAUGAUCUAAGGUCUUUUUCGUGUCUUUUAUAUCUAGUGAGAUUUUUUUUUUUAUUAUUGUUCCCUGUCGGUGAUUAGAAAAAUGAGAUGAUAUUUCUGUUGCAGAGGUUUUCGUUGCGUCAGUGAUCAGUUUUCAAACCUGCGAUGCAUUUGCGCUCACGAUUUUUGGGAAAAUGUUUACGUUACGCGCGUGCGAGUUAAAAAAUGAGAAUCCAAGACUUCCUAAUUAACUAUUAUAACAAAAAGCAUAUUCCCUCGACAUCUUAACUGUCUCUUAGAGUACGUCAUAUCGUAUUAAAAAUAUGUAUGCCGGAUACACGAUAGUGGAUGUAUAUUCGUGUACAAGUCAUUAGUCUUCUCUCAAUGUUUGUUUUGUAAAUCACAUUCGAAACAUUAACAUCUUACUCGCUGAACAGUUUAUUAGAUAGACUAUGCUUUCAUAAUAAAAUCAACUGAAAAUCA